GGGGCUGAUCAAGUUACUUUUGAAAGAAAAGUGGGCGCUCAUUAGUUAAGUUUGCGCAUAAAUUCAGGCUAAGUAACCAUUUUAAAAUUAUUUAGCAAGAAAUAAUGUUAUAGCAGAAAGUGUAAAGUAUGAUAAAUAACGAAAAAUGAGUGGGAGAGGUAAAUACUUACCAAACACACAGCUUUAUGAUGGAAAAUAUUCUACAAUACAGUAUUACAAUAAAUCAUUGGAAGACCUUUACGAAAGCCUUAGAGAGAAAACGUUGGCGGAUAAAAGAAAACUUCGGGAAUUGGAAAAAGAAAGGCGAAGAGAGUUUGACGCACACCAAGGGAAGCUGUACAGAGUUUGCGCACAAGUAUGGCGCUACACGUUCGGCAAUUUUGGGGAAGACUGGCUGUUUUUGGCUGCCCUUGGCACGUUUGUAGCCAUUAUUAGUUAUUCUAUAGACCAAGGUGCUGGUAUGUGUAAUAGAGCCCGAAAUAUGCUCUUUACUGAGCUAGCUGAACGAUAUUUUGCAAAAUGGGUCGCCUGGGUCUGUCUACCAACAGUUUUAAUCCUUUAUGACGUCGGAAUUACCUCACUGAUUGCCCCCAAAGCAGUUGGUUCGGGAGUGCCUCAAAUAAAAACCUGCCUUCGGGGUGUAUAUUUAAAAGAAUUCCUGACAUUUCGAGUUCUCACGGCCAAAUGGAUGGGAAUAAUGGCCACUUUGGGCAGCGGGAUGCCGCUCGGGAAAGAGGGACCCCUCAUCCAGAUGUCGAGUAUCCUGGUUACCAAAAUGAGCAAAUUUAUGUCCAGUUUUAAGAGUGUUUAUUUAAAUGAAAAUAAGAAACUUGAACUCAUUGGUGCUGCUUAUGCGGUGGGGGUGGCUUGUACUUUUAAUGCGCCCAUUGGAGGGGUCCUUUUUAGCGUAGAAAUCUCAACCGCCUAUUAUGCAGUUAGAAACUAUUGGAGAGGAUUUUUUGCAGCUGUAUGGGGCGCCACAGUCUACAGACUACUCUUCGUUUGGAUCGACGGAACUGACACCAUAAGAGUGGUCUUCCCUACCAGCUUCAUCAAUGACUUUCCCUAUGAUCCUUUGGAACUAAUUUCAUUUGCUGCAUUGGGGGUAAUUUGUGGACUAGGAGGAUCGUUUUAUAUUUUUAUAAAACGUGCGUUUUCCAGACAUCUAAAAAACAAUAAAAGAAUAAAUUGGAUUCAAAAACAGAACCGAUUUAUUUAUCCCGCCUUUGUCGUUUUGGUCAUAUCAACGGUGACGUGGCCGCCCGGCAUCGGUCAAUUUAUGGCAUCCAGCCUCACUCCAAGAGAUCAAGUUGUUCAUUUAUUCAGUAAUUUUUCCUGGACACAAGGAAAUCACACUGUAGCUCAGCAGCAAGUUAUAAAUUCGUGGACUACAAAAUGGUCUGGCAUUUAUACAAAUUUAGUGGUUUUUAUAUUUUAUCAGUUUUUGGCGUCAAUAUUUGCUUCUUCAAUGCCUAUCCCUUGCGGAUCUUUUAUACCAAAUUUCCGAGCUGGUGCUGCUCUGGGAAGGAUAGCGGGUGAACUUAUGGCAACCUGGUUUCCUGAUGGUGUCAGAUAUAAAAAUAAGAUAACGAAAAUUCUACCUGGUGCGUACGCAACAGUAGGGGCGUCCGCCUGGAGUGGUGCUGUAACUCACACGUUAUCAACCAGCGUGAUUAUGUUUGAAAUGACCUCACAAAUUAGCCACGUAAUCCCGGUUUUAAUUUCUAACCUUAUCGCUAAUGGAAUCGCCCGGUUUUUCACUCCCAGUAUUUAUGAUUUGGCCAUACAGGCGGGAAAAUUACCGUUUUUACCGGAUUUACUUCCUAGUAGUAGUGCAAUUUACCAAAUAUGCGUCGAAGAUUUUAUGAACAAAAACGUCAAAUACAUCUACUUAGGAAUGACAUACGAAGAACUAAAAGGGAUUCUUAAGGCUAAUAAAAAUAUUAAAGUGUUUCCAUUUGUGGAUAAUAACCAAAAUAUGAUUUUAUUGGGUAGUGUAGCGAGAACCGAGUUAAUAGACUUAGUAGAAAGACAAAUCGGCUUUUGGAGGAGAAUGGAAGUAGUAAAGAGCAUUGAAAAGCGUCCUGAAUAUGAGACUAAAAAUCCAGAAGAUCAAAGUGGUAAUGAAGAGACAAAUGAGUUAAAAGAAAAAGACGAAGUGAGAAACAGAGUAUUUAAAAAGUACAAUUUAAACCGAAUGGGAUUUCCAGAUAGCUCGAAUAGGAAAAAGAAGGCGAUAAGAGAAAAGUUAUCAGAAAUCCGUAUAUGUGACUUACCAAAACAAGAGCAACUCGAAUGGGAACAAAAGCAGUUAAGUGAAGAAAUUGACUUUGCCGACUGUCAAGUGGAUCCAGCACCAUUUCAAUUAGUAGAGAGAACCUCGCUACUGAAAGUCCAUUCUCUUUUUUCCAUGAUGCAUUUGAAUAUGGCGUAUGUAACGGUUAUUGGAAAACUGAUUGGUGUCGUUGGUGGACGAGAGCUUAGAAAAGCUAUCGACGAUGCUAACAGUGGCCAUCUGCCUAUGAUUAACGAAACAGAAGAAAAAAAGAAUUGUGAAAGUUUACCGUUACUCAAAAGAGGUUGAAGACCUUGUAUUUUUGUCUAAAAAAUAUAAUUAAUAAAUUAAAGGAAAGAAACUGUAUUAUU